UUAAGUUAGUCUAUGUAAGUGUUUCACAAAGACCACACCUUUAACAUGUUUGUUAAUAUAUUUUUAGGUUUAUUAGUGCUACAUUCGUGUUAUCUAGUAUAUAGUGAACGAUAUUGCAGCGAUUGUCAAAUUUACUACACAUGCAAAGCAGCAGCUGAUCAUGCUCGGUUCAAGCCAGGCGACGAAACAAACAAGCUUUUUGAGAAAGCUGCGUGUGGAACAGAAACGGAAGAUGAAGACUCCGACUUUAAGGUAUGCUGUUCAGACAUUCCCAGCUUAAAUACAAGUCCACAAUCAACUCCUCCGACCGAAAAUUAUAUAGAAAGUAGAUGGGCAGGAAUAGAUCAAGAAACCUUGCUGCCGGAUAGAUGUGGUAGCAUUUGGGGAAAUCGAAUUAUUGGCGGCAGAAAAGCUAACCUAUUCGAUUUUCCAUGGAUGGUACUGAUCGCUCAUGAAACACGCGAAGAUCCCCAAUUUCAAUGUGGUGGAACUAUCAUUAACUCCAAAUAUAUUCUGACAGCGGCUCAUUGUGUCGUUGAUAAAAAAAUUGCAUUUGUCAGAAUAGGAGAGUUUGAUAUUAAUUUGGAAAAGGAUUGCGACUAUGAAAAGCCCAAAACUAUCUGCAAAAAAGAAGUCCAGGAUAUAUAUGUCACAGAAAUAAUUCCACAUGAAAAUUAUCAAAGAUCACCUAUCGCGAAUGACAUCGCGUUGCUGCGAGUAGAUGGCGAGAUCGUCUUUAACUACCCAAACGUGGAACCAAUCUGCCUACCACUGUCACUUGAACUACGUAACAAACGUCUAGAUCAUGAAUACGGCACAGUAGCUGGUUGGGGCUUCACUGAAACUGGUAGAGAAUCUGGAGUAUUGUUGAGAGUCGAAGUUCCUGUGAAAACUGAAGCUGAAUGUGAAGGCUUCUACAACAGAAAUAAUCAGGAUGCCGUUAAGAAACAGUUCUGUGCAGGAGAACUCAAAAAGGACUCUUGUAACGGUGACUCCGGAGGACCUCUAAUGAUGAAAGCUAACUACAAUGGUGUUAAUAGUUACGUCCAGUAUGGCAUCGUGUCGCACGGUCCAAUACAAUGUGGAACGUUGUUCCCAGGCGUUUACACGGAUGUCAGAGAAUACGUCGAUUGGAUAUUAGAUAAUAUUAAAGAAUAAUUAAAUUAGCGGAAAUGGAAUCAAUAUUUUAUUAUAUAAUUAGUAUAGUAUAGUAUAUUAGUUUGUAAGUUUUUUGUAUCUUUAGCCUAGUAACACACUGAUUAUUAUUUACGAUGCUUAACAUUUAUUAUCAAAAAGUUCAAGGGUUGAGAACUAAAACAGCUAGUUUUCUCAAAUAUUUAUCAACUUCUAAUUAUAAGAUCAUCGCUCUUACAGAAACUUGGCUGAAAUCUGGUAUUUCGAACAUGGAACUAUUUGAUAAUAUAUAUACACUGUUUAUCGUAGGCAUCGUUCAAGUUCUACCGAUACCAAAUCUGAUGGUGGAGGUGUCAUAUUGGGAGUCUCCAAAGAAAUUUCUUCUUUCAGAGUUGAGGCAUGCGAAUCGGAUGUUGAGGACUUAUGGGUCACGUUACAUAUAAAUAUUAACAAAAUAAUAAAGAAACUUUCAAUAUGUGUAGUAUACCUUCCUCCUCCUGUAAAAAUUGGAACUUUGACACAUAUUUUAAACAAUGUUGACCGAGCUUUACACUUAAGCGAUGACGUCAUUAUUCUUGGUGAUUUCAAUCUAGGGUUCAUUAAUUGGAGAUCGCUUAAUAAUGAAGCUUUUAUGACAGUUUGUAAUUAUAACAAUACUUAGGCUGGGCUUGUAUUUGCGUUGGUUGAUUUUAUGUCUAUUAACAGCCUAAAGCAAUUUAAUAGUAUACGUAAUAGCGAUAAUCGUUUUUUAGAUUUUGUAUUAAGUAAUAUGUCUUGUAUUAAUGUAUCAUUCCCCUCCGAAUCGAUAAGUACACGCGAAUCAUCCUAGCUUAUUGUUAAGUUUUGAAUAUUCUAAAAUAUCUUUAUUACGAACGAGAGAUAACACUAAACUAAAUUUUUAUAAAGCUGACUAUGUGUCUAUUAUAGGGGAUCUCAAAACCAUCGAUUGGAAUGACAGCCUAUGCGCUCACGAUAAUGUUAAUGAUAUGGUUUCUGAGUUCUACAAAAUACUUAACAUUAGCAAAUUUGUUCCUAAAACGUCAAUCACGAAAUCUAAGUAUCCAGUGUGGUUCAGUUCCUCCUUAAUAAAAUUACUUGCUGAAAAAGAAAAAAACACGUAAGAGGUAUCGAAUAUACAAGAAUCCUCGAGACGAAAUAGAGUAUCACAUUAUUAGAAAACGUUGUCACAAACUUUAUGAUGAUUGCUACACUAAAUAUAAGCGAAAUAUUGAGGCAAGUAUUCCUAAUAAUCCUAAAUGUUUUUGAAGUUUUAUAAAAAAUAAGAAAGGUGGUCACUCACCGCUUCCCUUGUGCAUGAAAAUGGACAAUGUUACAGCCCAGUCUUCACCUGAUAUUGCUAAUCUUUUUUCGUAUCAAUUUUCUAUUACUACUUUUUUUUUGAUAUUGGCAAUGUUGAUGGCCUUAUGUCUGUUAGCUUUAGUGAAGAUGAAAUAUCUAAGAAAAUAAAAGGUCUUAUUACUAACAAAGGAGCCGGGCCAGACUCGAUUCCCCCUAUCUUUGUAAAACGUUGUAGAUUAGUGUUAUCUUUGCCCCUAACUAUUAUUUAUAAUAGAUCUCUUAAAGAUGGUGUUUUUCCUGAUGUAUGGAAAAUGUCUCGUGUUGUACCUGUGUAUAAAAAGGGAGAUAUCACCGACGUAAAUAAUUACCGUCCUAUUUGUAUUUUAUCUUGUUUUUCCAAGCUCUUCGAGUAUGUCCUGUAUCUACAAAUGUGUUGACGGCUGUAUCAUUGAUGAGAAACAUGGUUUUAGAAGAGUU